AUGUCGCAAACAAUAGGCAAGACCCGUCUUGCCUACUCCCGAACAUGGCACUACAUCGAUGUGGGCUCAGAUUCUCGCUCCCUCGGCCGGAUAGCCUCCUCUAUUGCUGUCUUCCUGAUGGGCAAGCACAAGCCCAUUUACGACCCGUCUACUGAUUGCGGCGACUACGUGGUGGCUUGCGGCUGUCACGACAUCCACGUUACCGGCAAGAAACGCCAACAAAAGCAAUACUACACUCACAACACGCGCCCCGGUUCGUUAAAACAGAUGAGCAUGGAGAGGAUGAUCGAGAAGUGGGGUGGUGGAGAGGUCCUGAAGAAAGCUGUAAGAGGAAUGUUGCCCAAGAACAGGUUGAGGGACAAGCGAUUGGCAAGAUUAAAAGUUUUCGAAGGCACUAGCCACCCAUACAAGGCCAACAUUGUGAGAUUCGCAGGGAAGCCGUUCACAGGCGACAAGCCUGGGCCUGUCAUGCAAGCCAUUGAGGCGAGCAAUGAUACUCAAGUGAGCCCCUAG